GGCCCCGUCGUACCCAUGUGUUGCGGUUCGUCGUGAGUGCUUUGUGACAAGGGAGGCGCGAUUGUCUCUCUGUGCGUCUCUUUUUCGUCCGUCUCGCGCGUGUCUCGCGAAGAUCCGCGGCCUCCGCGCGCGAUUCUCACGUCGAGGCGAGAGGAGACGUUGUGACGCAAAACCGAAACCGGGGGCGACUCGAUUCGAGACGCGGCGUCCGCUCCAUCGCGCGGACGGCACCGUAGACGAAAACCACCCGGGUGUGUCCCGCUCUCGCGUGAGAGGAGAACGACCGACCGAACGAGCGAACGACGAAACCAAGGAAAGUGCAUACGUGUGUAUGUGUGUGUGUGUAUGUGUUGAGAGAAAAAGUGUGCGUUGUGCGUGCCUCUCCUUCGCGACGACGGCGUCAAUGAUGACGACAACGACGACAAGUAGGAAGGAGUAGCUCUCGCUCCGUUCGCGCGACUUUGCUUUGGCUGUUCGGCGGCCGUGUUUCGCGUACACUUCAGCAUCGUUUUUCGCGUGUGAGUGCUCCGAGGUGUCGAAAGAAACGAGGAGAAGUGGCGGGUUGGUAGCAGUGUCGGUUCUACAAAGAGCGACGGAAAGAGAAGGAUAUAAAGAGAGAGAGAGAGAGAGAGAGAUAGCGCAGCCCGGGCGACCCGUCCGUGGGAUCGAGAGAGCGAACGCAACACGUAGAAAGCGCGCCGUAGAGACGGAGAUAGAAGGUGAGAUAGAGAGAGAGAAGGAGAUAAAAAGUGUUGAUCGUAGGUGCACUCGCCGGGUUCUAGAAACGUGGUACAGCCGUAUUUGUGUGGUACGUGUUUGUUUAUGUGUGGCGCGACAUUCGUGGAUCGGCCGGAACGGGCGAACUUCAGGGCGUACUCGGGUGAGCCGCGGAAAAAUAUCGUCGCUUCACGCGCGCAGAUUCUUUCGUUUUCAUUUCGAAUCGUAUCGUGUCCUCGCGAGUGCUUCUUGUGUGCGUCCGCUUUAUAUGCGCGUGUAUAUGUGUUUGCCGGGCGUAACGGCGGCGGAGAAGUAGUGUGCGUGAUAUAUAUAUACACAAAAUACACACACACGGCGGAGGAGAGGGAGCACCGAGCGAGCGAGAGAGAAGGUUAGACGAAGAGUGGCGCCACGGGAGAGAAAGGAGAGAGAUAGGAGAUCGUCGCGCGACGAGUAAACGGCAGAAAAAAAAAUCGGAUUCAUGGUGUAAAUAACGACGGGCUGCGCGUUGUUACUUCGCGGUCGCGUUCGAUCGGGGUGUAUUCGUCGCGGCGCGAGAACAACGAGUCCGGGACGAGUUCCUUUGCGGCUGCAGUGUGUGUGUGUGUGUGAGUGUGUGUAUACGUGCGUGAGAACAGGGUCGCGAGGUGAAGCUCGCAGCCAGCGGCAGCAGCGGCGACGGACGGUUGGAUUAUAAGCGACGAAAGGAAAUACGCGUGUCGGAAGGAUUAUACUUAUAUAUAUAAAUAUACACAUAAUAUAUAUAUGUAUACAUAUAUACAUAUAUAGUGUAUAUACAUCGAGGGAAGCAUACUGGGCGAAGCCCUGCGAGGGGAAGGGAGAAACUCCCCGCCGAUCACCGCGUUCGUGUGGAUCUGUAUGUGUAUACAUCUGCUCCCACCGACACAUUGUAUCGAGACAUUGGCGAAGAUGAAACAAUUUCCGGAGAAGAGAGGAUGAAGCUUCUUCACUUAAAGAUCAGAUUCAGGAUGUCAAAGGAUAAUGCACCGUUAUUUUCCCAACCAAAGACAAGAAAAUUAAGUCGCGACUUCAAGGUUGGUGCAAGCGUUUCCGUGGGAAUUAUCUUGAUAGCCGCAAUUGCAGACUGAAAAUGCAGAACUGAUCGGAAGCACGUCGUUCAGCCGAAGCGCGGUCCCAUCGGGAGAUCGAAGGAGAGAACCGCACGCUAGGCUGACGCCGAUCGGGAAUAUCCCCGACAUGGUUUAACUCGUGACAAGCGGAAGACAGCAGGUGAAAAGAAGAGUCUCAAGAAUGCACGGAUGAUCACCGAGAUUCCUUAUAAAGUUGAAAGUAAUCACGAAUGGUGUCGAGUGCUGUGUUCGUGAUCGCGUCGAGGGGGAGGGGUAGUAGUGGCUGUGAUCGUAGUGUCGUGUCUCGAGAAUCAGUGUGUUGUCGGUGAAGAGUGGUGAGAGAGGUAUAUCAGGUUGCUCGAUCUUGGCUUCGCGAGUAAGAAUUAACGCGAGUAAGAAUUAAGAGCAAGUGCGGUGAAAAGAGCUCAAGGUGGAUAAGGUGUACGCACGAUAAGAGAAGGAAGGGGGAGAGAAAAGAGAGAUUCAGCCGGAUAUAUCGCGAAUUACGUCGAGCUAGAGUAGCCGCGAGAGAGUGAGUGAUGUGUUCGAUGGACGAGGCGCGUCUCGCGGGCGGUGGUCGGGGUAAUGAUAACGCGUGUAAUCGCACACGCUACCAUUGCUACUUGGGAUCCAAAGUGAGAAAAGGUGGGCAGUCGGUGACCAGGCUGGCGGGCGCCGGGGAAACGUUUCCAAGGGCAUGGCGACCACGCCACUAGGCGGUCGCCUCCCUAACGUAAACCGCAAAGGACCAUCUCCGUGCGUCGGUGGUGGUGGUGCUAGUAGUAGUAGCAGUAGUAAUAGUAGCGGUGGCGGUAACGGUAACGGUAACCCCAGUAACGGUAGCAACAACGGCAGCAACAACAACGGCUUAGGAAACAGCAACGCCGGUGGUCAAUCGAAGAGACAGGAGAGAGCGCUGAUCGGUAGGGAACACCGCGAUCAUCGUCACCAUCAUCAUCACCAUCAUCAUCACCAUCAUCACCACCAUCAUCAUCAUCAGGGUCGAGACAAGUCAUCGUCGUCGUCGUCGUCGUCGUCAUCAUUGUCGUCGUCAUUGUCGUCGUCAUCGUCGGGCCAGCAGCGUGAGCCUAAUAAAGCAAGCACAGUGGCUGCUAACGCCGGUGAGCUGGAUCCGGCCGCGACGAAUGCGACCAAUAACUUUGAGUACGACGACAACGAAUGGGACAUCGGCAUAGGUGACCUGAUAAUCGAUCUUGAUGCGGACAUUGAGAAGACGAGGGACGAGAAAUUGAGCUCGGGGACAGGCAUGGCUUCUACGCCUGCCUCGGCAGCAUCGGCACCGAAUAACGCGAAUCAUCAUCAAUUACAAAACUCAACGAGUCUCAACUCCUCCAAUUCCUCGUCCGUCCCGUCGUCUGGCACGAACGCCAGCAGCCAAUCUUCGUCGUCCACUUCGUCAUCGUCAUCGUCGUUGUCGUCGUCCUCCUCAUCAUCGUCUUCAUCGUCGUCGUCAACGUCCUCUUCGUGCGGCGUGAACUCGUCGACGCGAUCCAACAGUCCCGGUAGCGGCAACAGCGGCGCGAACGGUGCCGGCAACACGAACGGCACCGGUAACGCGAACGGCACCGCGUCUUCCGUGGUUACCGGCCCCGGUAACAAGCAAGCGUCGGGCGUGAACGUGAGCGGCGUCAACGCCGUCCACGGUAACGCCGGAAAUCCCGGCAAGAUGGCCGUUGAACAUUCGGCCACCGUCGACAAGGGCCUCAAGAUGAAGAUCAAACGCACCAAGCCCGGUACCAAGACGAGCGAGGCCAAGCACGAGAUCGUCAAAUCGAACGAGAUCAACGGCACUGCCUCGUCACAGGAUUCGAACAACGGCACCGCCGCGUCUUCGACAUCCUCAUCCUCGACCGCCGCCGGCUCGGCCUCCGCGUCGGCCGCGGUCGCACAGAACUCGCAGAAAUCGGAAUGCGGCGCGGCCGGCGGCGGCGGCGGCGGUCAGUCGUCCUCGUCGAACAAGUCGAAACCGAGUCACUCGCCGGCAUCGGCCGGCGGCACCGGCGGCGCCGCGCCCUCGUCUACCGCCGGUUCCAAACGCGGCUCCAGCGGUCAUCGGCGUGACAAGGCGCGUGACAAGCAUGAGAAGCCGCAGAGCAAUCAUACGCCUCAGCAGAUUAAGCCGGAGAUGAACGGCACCGCGCGACCGACGCCGCAGGGCCAGAACUCGGCCGGCGGCGCGACGCAAUCUCAGGGCCCGACUCCGGCCGCCACGGCACCGCAACAGACCCAGGGACCACCGCCCAGCUCGAGGACAGGUUUCUCCGUAUCGCAAGGCCCCGGGCCGCCCGCGACCAGCGCGGCGGCACCCUGUCCGCCGCCGAGUCCGGCGAGCGCCACGGCGACCGGCGCGGCGGCCAAGCCGGAGCAGACCAAAAUCGCCGCGGUGCCGGGCCCGCCGCUUACAACGUCCGCCGAGGAGGCUAUGGACACUGCCGCUAGUCCUCCACCCGCGAAAAAGAUGAAGACGGAACCAAAGGACAUGUCCGACGUGUGCGUUGGGACCAGCGUAGGGACCAUUACCGAGCCGGAAUGUUUGGGGCCCUGCGAGCCCGGCACCUCCGUCACCCUCGAGGGCAUCGUUUGGCACGAGACUGAAGGAGGUGUACUAGUAGUAAACGUUACGUGGCGAGGUAAAACGUACGUAGGGACGUUACUGGACUGUACGCGUCACGAUUGGGCGCCACCCCGUUUCUGCGACUCGCCGACUAGCGACCUAGACGCCCGCACACCCAAGGGACGCGGUAAGCGCGGUCGCGCAGCGGCCAACUCUACGCCCGGUAACGAUCUGAGCAACUUCACGGAGACGAGGAGUUCCGUGCAUAGUAAAUUGCGCAACGGUGGCAAAGGUCGUCGGGGUGCGCAGGGAUCACCCGCGGCCAGUCCGAGUCCGGCGGCGUUCGUGCCACCGCGACCGGAUCCAGCGGCAAAGCGGAAGUCACGCGGACCAGAAGAGGAGCAGGACAAGAAUAAACGACGGGCGCCACCGCCCACACCGCCUAGCGGUUCGCCGCCCGCCAGUCCGGUUUUGCUCGAAUGCCCCGAACCGAACUGCAGUAAAAAGUACAAACACAUCAACGGACUCAAAUAUCACCAGAGUCAUGCGCACGGCUCUGCCGAUGACGACGACACCAAGGAGGGUAUCACUAGCAUGUCGGAGAACGACGAGAGCAACAUCGAGGCACCGAGUCCAGCUACGCCAGUGAAGUCGCCAGCGGACAAGCCCGAGGGCACGCCGGUGAGAGCGACGAGUCCACCGGCAGCGGGAUUGCCACCGGAAACGCCGCCACCGCCACCGAGGGUGCCGUCGCCCAGCAUAGAACCACCCACGCCCGUGCUCGCGGAUAAAAAUAUCGUGAAGCCCGGCGUGCUGAGGUUUGGUCAGGAUGAUCUGCCGGCGCCUACUUCCACUGUAUCUUCGUCGAGAGUGCAGCAGCAAUCAGUGCAGCAGCAGCAACAGCAGCAACAGAGUCAAUCAUCGUUAGGCUCGUCGAAUCCGCCCCAAAGUCCCAGCCCACAUCCCAGUCAAUCCCCUAGGCCUGUGCCUUCACCGCAUCCAAGCACGAACAUUCCCCAGCCCCUCAACAUACCGCAACCGCCACAGCCCUCUCAGAUGCAGCAAUCGCAUCAAUCGCAAAAUCCACUUCUGCAGCAGGCGCAGCAGACGUUGCAACAGGUCGGUCAACCACCGCAACAACAGUUGCAGCCUGGUGUUGGCAGUCAGCAGCAACAACAAUUGCAGUCAUCGGUUCAACAGCAGUUACCGCCAGCGCAUCAAUUACAAUCGGUGUCGCAUCCUCUGUCGGCUCAAUUGGGUCAACCCGCGCAGGCUCAUGUUGUCCAGUCUGCCGGGUUGCAGCAGCAGCAGCAGCAGCAGCAACAGGCCAGUCUACAAAGUAUAGCCAGUCAGCAUCCGGGUCUGCAGAAUCUGACGAGUCAGGUAUCGCAGCAGGCGGCGGGUCUACAAACGGCACCGCCACCGCCGGGUCAUCCAGGUCAAAGCGUACAGUCACAUUUGCAGCAGUAUCCGUUGCACGCGGCAAAGAUGCCACAGUUUAAGGUGAAGCCCACGGCGGCACUGAUGCCAGAGCAAGACAAAAGCAAGACGAGCACCGACGCGCGUGUUUCCAAGCCGCAGGGCUACAAGAAGAAGUCGCGAAAAUCGCCUGGCGGUAGUCCGCACCCAUCGCCGCUCGAAGCGCCGAUUGUUGAUUCGGCGCGCGACGAUGUACAAAGUCCGGCCUAUUCGGACAUAUCGGAUGACGCGGCGCCGGUGCUCGAAGCCGAACCGGCAGAUAAGUCCAAGCAGAGCCAAGAGAAGGACAACAAGGCCACGGCACCGGCGCAUUUGCCUGCUCACUUCAGUAUGUAUCCGUACUACGGUCAGCCGCCUUAUCUGGUGCCUAGCGUACCGGAUAGCAAGCCGGUGGUAGAUCAAAAGCCGAGCGAUCUUACGCCCAAACAGGAGAUCAAACCGCUCAAUAUACCGCAGAUGCCUUCGAUGGCGAGUUUACAAAGCGUCGUGUCGGAAAAGGAGAAGAAGGAGCUGAGCCAGCCGGUGCCACAGCCGCAACAGCAGCCGCACUAUUAUGGUGCUUAUGGCGGUUAUAUGCCGCCGGGCUAUCCCUAUCAACCGCCACAACCAGUCUCACAGCAGCAGCAACAACAGCAGCAGCAGAGUCAGCAGUCGCAGGACCAGGAGCCGCAUGAGCAGAAAAUCAAGAUCAAGCAGGAGCCGCAGCCGCAACCGAGCCUAAAAGAUAAGCAACAUGAAAAUCAUCAAAUACUCAAGGAGAGUAUCGAGAUGAAGAGUCAAAUGAGUCCGUAUCACGUCUAUCACGGUUCGCAGAGUCAAAGAGCGGCACCACCGCCGCCUCCACCGGGACCCGUUCAGGACGAUAGGAGGUAUUAUCUAUAUCCGGGUGAGCAAAGAAGAAAAGAGGAAUCGAGUAAACAGAGUCAACAGGCGAAAGCGCCGCCGCCAAGCCCGAAGCACCAGCCGAAGCAAGAAAAACCACAAGAUCUCGGUAAGAGUGAGGACUCUAAGAACAAGCAAGAAGGUGUAAAACCGACAAUGGAAACCCAGGGACCGCCGCCACCGCCUACCUCGCAGUUUGCUUACAUCCAUCCCAGUGCUUACAUGCCAAGCCCGCAGCAUUACGGCGCGCUGCCGUUCGAUCCAGGUCAUCCAGUAUAUCGCGGCCUUGGUCCUAUGUUGGUGCCUGGUCCUUAUUCAAGUAACCCCUACCUUCACCAACUACCCAGGUAUCACGCACCAGAAGAUCUGAGCCGACCGCCCGGCGGUAAGGCGUUAGACCUGCUUCAACAUCAUGCUAAUCAGUAUUAUUCAGCGCACAAGAUACACGAGCUGCAAGAGCGCGCGCUCAAGUCACCAACGCCUAAAACGUCCGCGGCGUCUGCCAGCCCGUCUUCGGCAGGUCCGACUCCCGCCCGACCUCCCAGUGGUCCGCCCACGUCAGUCGCGGGCCCAGGCCCUCCUCCAGGCCAAGGUCAGCAACCGUCCGGCAAACAGCAGGGUCAACCGGGUAGUCAGCAGCAGCAGCAGGGUGCAGUGGAUGCCAGUGGCAAAGACAAUAGAUCGCCGCCGCCGCAGCGACACGUGCACACGCAUCAUCACACUCAUGUGGGCUUGGGCUAUCCCCUGUUGACAGGACAGUAUCCCGCUCCCUACGGAGCGGCAGUGCUGGCGAGUCAGCAGGCCGCCGCGGUAGCCGCCUCGGUGAUCUCGCCAUUCCCGCCCAAGUGACCCGCGGCCCCCGGCCCCGUCUUAUCCGGCGGAAGCGCCGGGAGCAGCUCCGCUACACAGGCCCACCACACACAUCCGGCGGCGGCAAACGGUGCGCCUGGUGCGGGACACCCGCACGGCACCGCCGCCAGCAGGCAACCAUAGGAGGCAUGGACACGAGCGAGCAAUGUAGCCGAUACGACUGACAAUGAGCGGGGCGUCGUAUAUAUAUUCCACGCGGUGCGUUGUUAGCCGGAUUAGCGCCUAGGUAUAGCCAAGUAAAGAAUGUGACGACGACUGGAUUAGGAUCAAGAUGUAGUAAAGAGGCUCUGUGUGUCGUCCGCUUUCCCGACGUCGAUCGGAACUGAAAUCCUGGAAGAGCUAGUUGAGAUGUUAGAACAACUAUGACUGAUAUGACGAGUUGAUGGAUUCUAUUGUUCUUCUCUUCAACAACGGCGCAAGUACUAGGGACUGAAGAUUAAGUGGAAUCAAGGAGCUAGAUGUUAGAACAAUGACAAUGAUGACGUAGCCAGUAAGAGAUGGACGUCUGUGAUGUUCCUCUUUAUGCUGUGUGUUAUUCGCUUUCUCAAUGACAUUAAUUGGGAGUUUAGAAUGAUGAUAUAGAUGUCUUAAAUGGUAUUAUCCAUGUUCUCCACGAACUAGAGAUUUUAGAUACGUUAAUCAAGGUGUUAAAACUGUGAAUCAUGAUUAUCUGAUGAAUGUUGAGACGUUUAGAUGAAAUCAGACACGUGGGUUAUCCAAUAGAAAACCGCGACUUUCCAAAUUAGGUGCAAACGUGAAAAAUAACUUGUAUAUCGAAUUUGAAUAAAUGAACGAGAGACUGAACUCGAUUCGACGCACAAAUACGAUGUCCAUUCUCGGACAGAGCUAUAUCGGCGAUUCAUCUGUUGAACUGAUCGUGGUAGGUUCGACGAGACGAUCGUUAGCGAGCAAUCCUUCGGCGAGACAAAAAGUGUAUCGAACUAUCGGAUCGAUGCUCGCGUGGUGAGAGGACGAGUUUUCUCCUUACGCGUUUUCUUUCAGCACCGAGCGAUGCCCCCAUGUCCCGCUGGAUUCGCGAUCUUCGUACAGACGAAAUCAGCUCGCUGAAUAUCCUUCUCCGUGUACAUAGUGUAUAUCUUAAAAAUACGCGCCGCGUAGUAUACAGACGCCUACGGCUAGUGUAGGGAUAAAGAUUGGAGGCUCGAUCUUAUCCCAAGGGUCGAGAUCUCUGAUAGACUUCGAAAGGAACGACCUAUCUCGCGAGAUGAGCGUUCUCGAGCGGGAUCGAACGAGAGUUGCCUCGUUUCGGUGUAGACUGAGUUCGCUCAGUGUCACCUAAGUUGCGCUGACUCCUCGUUGACGUCCGUCUGAUCCUGGUAUAAGCUCGGUCUUUUCUUUGCUUUCUAGUGCCUAUAAUCUUAGAUAGAUUUUCUGUCUAGAUAAGACGGUAGCUCAGAAAGAGAAACGGAAAAUUACUGAUCCAGCAAAUAUUGACUGAGAAAUAGAGACAUUCAUAAAUGAUAUCCGAAGUAAUAGAAUAGAUAAAGAAGAGUCUAGCCCGUACCGGGACAAGGCGUGAGACAUAUGUGACAAUGGUCGCGAGGAGCCAGACAUCUCGUUAGACUGAAACACGCGAGGACGGACGGUGCUGUCUUCGCGUUCACGGAGCCGUGCUGGUACGACAAAAAAUUACGGAAAGCGUAGAUUUAAUGCGUGCCGGGUGCGAGAGCGGCUCCGCCCCCGACUCUCAGAUUCAAGCGUGUGUGUCGAGGCGAUGUGAUGGAAUUUUUAUCGAGCGUAGAAACUUAGGAGCGAGCAAGCGAGCGCGUAUGUGUGCGUGCGUGUAGAGGAGAGAAAAAAUAUAGCACUCAUAUAUAGGAUACACGAGAUGAAAGAGAAUAGCGAAUCGCGUGAGUCGACUGCCUUGUACAAGCAUAAUGUGUGCGUGCGCAUUUCCGCGAUGUACGGUAAAUCCGUGUCGAUGUAUUUUAUUGUAAAGAAAUGAGAAAAGGGAUUGUAAGAAUUAUAUACGCGAGCGCAAAUUUCGAUUUUUGUAGAGAAAUUGUAUAACUUGCUGAUAAAUUAUCUCUUAAGGGAACAGAGACUCCAUGAUUUGUGCGACCGAUCACUAAUGCCGAUAAAAUGACCAGAGAACUCGUCUUUACGAGACGAGCGUGGUAAAUAAAGGCGUGUCGAGAAUAAGACAAGAAAGAUAAAAAAAGAGACGACAUGUGUAAUGCGAUGAUUCUAAAUAAUUAAGUGGCGUUAAGUGACUGUAAAUUUGAUGCUAGAACGCUAUUUGUUUACUAAGGUAAUGGUAGCCAGCGAUGUGUGCAAAAGUUAGGGGAAAAAA